AUGUCUAAGCAGCCACUCGUCAAUGGUGAAACUGGCGUCGGAGUCACGCUGCCGGCCACGACAGGACUCUGCAUACUUCGACCCGUCUACCUCAACGGCGUCAACGAGAACAGUUUCCACAUUCUGCCCUCAGAUUUCCUGUGCACCGACUGGCCCCGAAUCCGUGGCAAAGCCCUCACAUACGAACAGUACAGCACAUACGGAACAGAGUGGUUUUCGCGCUCCUGCCUCUUCUUUCCUGCGGAGACGAAACCAUCUGACCCGGCCGUCCCACCUCGUCGGUUUGCCCUCAAGGUCGCGUUCCACGUCGCAGAGGGCGCGCCUUGCCACCAAUACCUGCGCAACUUCUGUAUAGAGGCGCGAUUCUAUGCUAGGCGUCUGAAGCAUCUGCAAGGGAAGGCCGUGCCGAAGCACUACGGGGUUUGGACGUGCGCGACCCCUUGGGGCGGAACGAUGGGUUGUGCGAUCUUGGAGUGGGGCGGCGUACCGUUCAAGGAAGAGUUUAUUGGGCCAGGCGAGCAAGGAGAGAAGCAACGGUGGGUUAUGGAAGCCCUCAUUGCUCGCAUCACGCUUAUAAGUCUGCAUAGUCUGGACAUCAUGCAAGCGAUGAAGGCCAUACACGACGUCGGCUACGAACACACCGACCUCGUUGAACCCGACUUCCGCCAUCUCCUGUACGACACCGAGCGCCAGCGACCCUACAUCAUCGACUUCUCGCGAGGAGAAAAACAUAAGUGCCAUCCGAGGAUGGCGAUCAAAGCGUACAAGACUCCUCCCGAUCCAUAUGUCUUCGGGUGCAUGGAGCUGCGGGAUUUGGGUGUGGCCAUUGGGCUGUUUGGUCUGGGCCCUUUGUUCGGCCCCGAUGCGUGCCCUGAAGUGCAGGAAGCGAACGAAAGGUUCUUCGAACAGGAAGAGCUCAAGAAGCGCCUUACCGAGGGAAUCAGAAAGCGCGCGAAAGAAAACGAGGCAAGACAUGCACGACUUCAGGCCCGCAAUAAACAGAAGAUGGCGCAAGCUUUCUCACCUUGA